AUUUGCAAGGUGGGGAGUAGUGCACUGCUGAUCUAUGUACAUUGCUGUGGCUGUUCUUCCUCUUCAUUUGCUUUAUAUUUAAUGACCCAAAAACAAAAGCAACUUGAUGAGAGUGUUUUGUUUUCUAUUGCAGCCUAACUGCUCUUUUCCCCUUUACUACUCUCUCUGUGUGAUCUUCAUCCUCUUGUUUUCCUUUUUUGUUUCACUUCUCUCUGUGUGAUUUUAUCUUCUCCUUUACAGCAAAAAGUAGCCAUGGAUGGUUCUUCUUGUCCUCCAACUCUACACUCUAAAGUUUCAGAACUCAAAUCACAAUCUCAGCCAUCCAAAAGAAGGUGGAUUUUUUUUUUCUUCUGCAGUUGUAGGAAGGGAGAUGAGAAGACUGUUGUUACAGUGAGGAUUGGAGCAAAUGCUGGCAAAAUAAAGAAUGAAGGGCCACCUUCUGAUUUUUGGUCUUGGAGAAAAUAUGGGCAAAAACCAAUCAAGGGAUCUCCUUAUCCCAGGGGAUAUUACAGGUGCAGCACAUCUAAGGGCUGUUCAGCCAAAAAACAAGUGGAGAGAUGCAGAUCAGAUGCUUCAAUGAUGAUCAUCACAUACACCUCUAACCACAACCACCCAGGUCCUGAUCUUCAUAGCACCAAUCUCAACCCACAAACAAAAGACUCCCAAUUCCCAACACAAUCCACUGAAGAUCUUCGUCCUGCAACUCCAAAACGAGAACAACAGGAAGAGGAGAAUCAGAGUCAGAAUCAAGCGACUGUGGUGAUCAGUCAUGAAGAUGACAAAGAAGGUCACAAUUUCCACUACUUGCAAUCCCCAACAAAUUGUUCUCAAUAUAUGAUGAUUAGCCAAGAAGAGCCUUUCAGUGCAGAGAAAACUGAUGACACGCUGAGUAUUCUCCUGGAUGAAGAGCCCAUAUCAUGCCCUGCAUUGAUGACACCCAAAUCAGAAGAAAAUGACUUCUUUGAUGAGCUAGAGGAGCUACCCAUAUACUCAGCUUUCACUAGCUUCAUGCGGACCAAUUUUUACGAUGAAGGGAUACCUGCUGUCCCUUCUUGAUCACAGUGUUCUUGGGACUCGCAGCCUACAUAAAAUGUAAUUAUUACAAUGUUCAUAUAAGAUAAUAUAUAUUUCUUUUUUUGUUUAUUUUCA